AUGAAACGAUCGGCCCCUACCCCGGCUGGCUCUGUCUCUCCACCACUGAUUAGACGCAAGAUCGAGUCGGCUACUACCAGUAAGGCCGUGGCUAGUUUCUUCAAGCCAGCCUCACAAAAAGAACCGGAGAAGCUCGUAUGGCGGACCAUUGACCACAGCCUCAUCAUUGGGCGGUACAAUGCUCCCCAGAAUCCGCCCCAGCCACGCACGCUGCCUGUCAAGAUUGCGGCUUUUGAUCUGGACGACACUCUCGUGGCUCCAAAUACCGGAAACAAAUGGGCAAGAUCUGCAGUGAGUUGGAAAUGGUGGGAUCCCUCGGUCCCUGGCCGAUUGAAGUCGCUUCAUGAUGAUGGCUAUCUCAUCGUCAUCCUCAGCAACCAAUCAGCAAUUAGCCUGAAGGACAAUUCCAAGUCCAAGACGCUUAAAAAGGACAUGGCUAGCCUUACAAACUUCAAAAGCCAGGCCACUUCAAUCCUGAGACAGCUCGACUUACCAAUCAGUAUUUAUGCCGCGACUGCCCAGGACCGAUACCGUAAGCCUCGAUUGGGCAUGUGGGAGGAGAUGUUGGAAGAUUACGAUCUGCAGGCCGAGGGGGCUGUGGACAUGACAAACUCGUUCUACGUGGGCGACGCUGCCGGAAGGGACAAGACCGACAAGAGACGAAAGGAUCAUGCGACGUCUGACAGGGAUCUUGCGGCGAACAUCGGCAUCCAGUUUCACACCCCAGAAGAAUUCUUCCUCGGUGAGACCACUGAGCCGUAUGAGCAUGUCUUUGACCCGUCAAAGCAUCUUGAACUCGCAAAGCCUUCUGAUUCUACUGUGAACGGCGCAGUAGAGCACACGGUAUCCGCACCAUUCACCAAGAACAGCCCCCACGAGUUGGUCAUUUUUUGUGGCUCACCAGGCGCUGGCAAAAGCACUUUCUACUGGGAUGUCCUCCAGCCCCUUGGUUAUGAGAGAGUCAACCAAGAUAUCCUUAAAACGAUGAAUCCUGAAAAUCGGACUCAACUUCCUGGAAUCGCAUUUCGGUCCUUCGCCCAAAGGUUCCAGGAACCUAGGCUCGAGGAGGGUUUUGAAGAUAUCUACAAGGUCGACUUUGAGUUCAAAGGCACCGAGGAACAGAAAAAGCUUUGGUCAAGAUACUGGGUGUCGAAGUUUUCAACAUAA